GUAAGGUCGCAAACCUUAUCCAAACUCCUUCCAGUCUAGCAGCAUAUGCCAUUACUCUUCCAUGGAUACCUUUCAUUUCUCCUUCACCCUGCCAUCAUAACCAGAUAUACUCAACAAACACACACACACACACACAAUCUCACACACCACCUGCAAUGGCUGGUUGUGCAACCACAGGACCCACCUUCUCUUUCAGUAUAACCCAACCUUCUCCUCCUCACAAACAAUUCAAAACCCAUCUUGCCCAAUCUCCUCUUUUACCCAAAUUCCCCUCCAUCUACCUCCAUAAACGACCUCUCAAAUCCCAUUUCACUCUUCUUUCCAUUGAUGUCUCCAAAGAAGACAAACCCACAUCAGACCAAUCCAAUCCAGCCCAAGAAGUUUCUGACCAAAACCAAGCAGACAAGUUUGACAAGCGCAGAUUAGAAGAGAAAUUUGCAGUGUUGAACACUGGAAUCUAUGAGUGCAGGUCUUGUGGCUACAAAUAUGACGAAGCAGUUGGUGACCCAUCUUAUCCUAUACCUCCAGGAUUUCAAUUUGACAAGUUACCUGAGGAUUGGAGGUGUCCUACUUGUGGGGCUGCAAAGAAUUUCUUUCAGAGCAAGAGUGUGGAGAUUGCUGGGUUUGCACAGAACCAACAGUUUGGUUUUGGUACCAAUGCAAUGACUUCUGGGCAGAAAGCUGUGUUGAUAUAUGGAAGCUUGCUCCUCUUCUUUGGGUUAUUCUUGUCUGGCUACUUCUUGCAAUAGUGGUUGUGUGCGUGUUUGUGGAUUAUCUAAUGCAUGUGAAGGGGGACUUGAUUGCGUAGCUACUCUAGAAUUCAGUAGCUUUUUUGCUAAGGUAUAUGUGCAAUUUAUGAUGUUUUUCUAUAUAUUGGCCUCUGCAUCUACUAAGAGAACUCAUAUCAGAUAUAGAAUACGCUUGGUUUUUCCGUUCA